AUGGAUUCGGACAAUACCAAGGUCUCACCCCUCAAACCCGGGUAUGCCGCAUCGGCAGACCCUGAAGUCGACAUGGACAAGGGGCAGGUUGCCCUUACAGGCAUCCCGGACAUGCACCUGAAGCGAAAUUUCAGCAUAGUCAGUAUAAUCGCCCUGGGGUAUAAUAAUACGAAUAGCUGGGUGGCCAUAGCAACGAGCUUCGCUAUCGCAAUUCAGUCGGGUGGCGCAGUCUCCCUACUGUAUGGCAUUCUACUGGUUACUGCUGCCAUGUUCUGUACGGGGGUGACCUUGGCAGAACUGGCCAGCGUGUACCCCACUGCUGGUGGCCAGUACCAUUUUACUUCCAUCCUGGCAUCUAAGCGAUGGAGCCGUGGCCUGUCUUACUUCAGUGGCAUGGCUGCAGUGUUUGCAUGGGUUACCCUUGGGGCCUCUAUUGCGCUGGCCGGAACAGAGGCGCUCAUGGCUAUUGUCAUCCGAUGGCAGCCCUCAUAUGAAGCCCAAAGCUGGCACUAUUUCUUAGUAUACCAACUGCUGAACGCAGUCAUGGUCAUCUACAACAUCUUCCUCACCAACAAGACUCUCUGGGUCUAUAACUUAGGCUUCAUUCUGUCCAUUUCUACCUUCCUAGCUAUUAUCAUAACCUGCCCGGUACGCUCUUCCGCACAUAUCAACACCUCGAACACUUGGAGGCAGUUCGUCAACGGUUCAGGCGGCUGGCCGGACGGCUUAUCCUUCUUGACAGGACUCUCAACGCCUCAGUUCAUGUUUUCCGGACUCGACGCUGCACUCCACCUUGCAGAGGAAUGUCUCGAGCCGGCACGCAUCGUACCAAAGGCGUUGCUUGCCACAGUGACAGUGGGGCUUUUGACGGGAUUCCCCUUUGCCAUCGCCAUCCUAUACAGCUAUGACAACAUCGAAGCAUCUCUAACCACCUCCACGGGAUUUCCAAUCUACUUCAUCUGGGAAAAAGCCACUCACUCCCCAACAGCUGCGACAGUCUUCAUGGCUGCACUGUUUGUCGUCUCCUUCGUCGCGCUCAACGCAGUCCAUCAGACUGCCUCUCGACUUACAUGGUCCUUUGCCCGCGAUGACGCUCUAUUCUUUUCCUCCUUUCUCUCCUCUAUACACCCUACACUCGGAGUCCCCGUCUGGGCCAUUAUACUUGAUGGUGCGGCAGUGCUUCUGGUCGGGAUAGUCUAUGUCUGCUCAACAACAGCAUUCAACGCCUUCAUCAGCACCACGGUCGUGGUAGCCCAAAUCUCCUACGCCAUCCCAGCAGUUCUUCUUCUCGUUGGCGGGCGGAAUCCGCAUUACCUUCCUCCAGAUCGCCCAUUUAAGGUUCCCAACAUGCUAGGCUACGCUUGCAACAUUGUCUGCGUUAUCUGGGCUUUCAUUCUGACGAUCUUCUUUUGCUUUCCGACGGAGUUUCCCGUUACGGGGAGUAACAUGAAUUACGCUUCUGUCGUGCUAGUCGUCAUGUUGAUCUUGGGCGUAGGGAACUGGUUUGCUUAUGCGAAAAGACAUUAUCACGGGCCACGCUUGGAUAUCUAG